AAUAACUUGACACGAAAUGCUCAAGAGCCGGUAAAAUCGAAAGGAAACAACACACCAGCUAUGUACAAAUCCGGUAUCGCCAAUUCUGAUCUAUCUGAAGCAGAGGCAUACAAUGCUAUCGUCGAUUUGUCCGCUCGCCAAGUUAUGGCGGCAAGUGUUCUUGCGGCCCCGCCGUAUCAGAAACCGUUAGGAAAUACCGAGCUGGAGCCUUUGCUCUUCAUGAAGGAGAUAUCAAGUGAUGGCAACAUGAACACGAUGGAUGUGCUAUACCCAACUUCACCGUUCUUUCUCUAUACGAAUCCGGAUUUACUAAGAUUUGCACUACAACCGCUUUACGAAAUGCGGGAAAACUCGUUCUAUCCAAAUGACUAUACUAUGCAUGACCUCGGCGGCAACUUCCCAAAUGCAACUGGCCAUCUUAAAGGCGACGAUGAAUACAUGCCGGUCGAGGAAUGUGGCAACUUGAUACUCAUGAGCUAUGCCUACUACAAGUUCAGCGGUGAUAUCUCUUGGCUUCGUAGUCACUACAAGACGUUGACAGACUCUGCUCAAUACCUUCUCGACUUCUCGUUACUCCCCGCUUCACAAAUGAGCACGGAUGACUUCAAUGGCGAACUCGCAAAUCAGACAAACCUUGCCAUUAAAGGCAUAAUCGCGUUGCAGGCAAUGUCUUCGGUGGCAAUUGUUGUCGAGAACCUGGAAAACGCGAGCAUGUACGCGGCCAAAGCCAAGGAGUACUACGUUGGCUGGGAAGAGUUGUCAGUCGAACCGUCGAGGCAACAUACCGUUUUGAGCUACCAGUGGACGUCUAGCUGGGGUCUACUUUACAAUAUCUAUUUCGACAAGCUUCUCAACAUAGGUAUUGUGAACGAGUCGAUCUACAAUAUGCAAUCAGACUGGUAUGCGAAAGUCUCCCAGGUCUUUGGCGUUCCCCUCGACAGUCGAAAGACCCAAACGAAGUCUGACUGGCAAAUAUGGGCAGCUGCUACCAGCUCCUCAAACACAAGAGAGAUGAUCAUCAGAUCGAUGGCUACCUGGCUCGACUCUACAGCCUCCACUGAUCCGUUCCCGGAUCGUUAUGAGACAUUUGGUAAUGGCCAAAAUAUCGGGUUUAAGGCGCGGCCAGUAGUAGGAGGGCAUUUCGCCCUGCUGGCGCUGGCGAAGAGUGGUCAACGAGCAAAUGCUGAAGGCGGGGUUAUGAAUGGUUCGCGGUUUUCGAGGAGCGGGGAUGGCUUUUUGCAAGUUAAGCCGGUGUCGAAAUUUUCCAAGCCGCUGAAAUGGUUCGAGCUUCCAUCAUGAUAGGAUCUUUUAAAUUAUCGUGUCCUUUUAAUAGUGUAAGCGUCGUGGUUCUCAAGUCAAAGAGGCUGUAAAACAUCACACUAGUUUCAAUAAAUAUUAUCAUAUUCGAGGACACCAUUUGCUUUGCUACCUUGCUAUGAGGGUGCCAGGAGUUCAUCCUUAUCAAAAGAGCUAUGGCUAUUAGAUCUCGGUCGGCCUGUUCGAUAGAGCUUGCGAAAAGCAAGGUCCCUGCGGAGCUAUUUCAAGGUUGUAGAGGAUGCUUAACUCCGCCCAUGUAGGAAUCAGCGCCCGGAAAAGCCUAUGUGUUCG